AUGGUGGUCCAAGCUUCCAAUGGAUUUGGUGGUCACGAUCAGCGAACGGCUAAUCUUUACACUGAUUAUAUUCGAUUCAGGUCGGUAUGCAAGUCAUGGUACUCCUUCCUCCCCAAGAAGUCCUACCACCCAUCCCAUAACUUUCCCCUCUUGAUUUUACAUUAUUAUGACGAAAAUAGCAGCAACUAUCGUAAUGGCUUAUUAGGGUUAGCAAAGAAUAAUAAGCUUCAUUUCCUCCGCGACCUUCCAGAUGAGUCUCUUCACAAACAUUGGUGCAAGGGUUCCUCCCAUGAUUGGCUGGUUAUGUUUAGAUCAAUAAAACAACCCAUAUACCUUUACAACCCUUUUACCAACGCCAAGCUCACCCUUCCGCCCAUCCACAUAUUACGUUUACGAAAGGUUUUCUUAUCAUCAACUCCUCCUGCUGAUCUUAUUGUCGUUGUCGCCCUCCAUGGCUACAAGGGAAAGCUUAUCUUCGCUAGACUUGGAGAUAAAGCAUGGACUGGUUUAAAACCUGAAUCUGAUGAAUUUAGUGAUUUCAAGGAUGUCUUAUUCCAUGGGAACAAACUUUAUGCUGUACAAUCAGAUCUGAAGGUUUAUGUCUUUUACAUUGGCGUCGACUUGCAAAUUGAUUAUUCUUCUUGCUCUAUUCUCCAACCACAACUUGAAAUCAAAGAUGAAUACCUCAAGUCUUAUUACAGGUUCAAACAUUCCAUAGUGCCGUAUUUUGCCCCAUUAUCCACGACAUGA